CCUCACGUUGCACAAAUGUGUCAAGCGCUCCGAAAUGGAAGAGGAUUUAGCUACGUGACUGGGGCAUGAUUAAUAAAAAUACUUUAAACAAACGACCGAGAAAGGAAAACAAAAACAUUAUAUUUACUUUUUGGAAUACUGAAGCGAAGACACGCGUGAAAUCGAAAGUGUCAAAGGAGAGUCUUUACAUUCAACAUUCAGCACUUAAUGAAUGCACACCAAAUCAUAGUCCCCACAUGGAACCCAUUCACCUUAUUGAACAUAUGAAGACCUUCACUGAUCACCGGGAAUGGACAAAUUGCCACUGAUGUGCGAGCAAAGAGUGGCGAUGCCGGGAGGGGACAUCAAUCUUGAUGGGGAGGACCCUGUGUUACAGUCAGCUGCAGGAGAAAGUGGAGGGAGGGUGUUGUCAGGGCAGCAAUCACAGCGCCUCAGAGGGGAGGAAAGCCGAUCUUCAGGUGGAGAAGUGGGGCAGGAUGACGAGGAGAUGACUAGCGGAUCAAAUGACCUCUCUCUGUCGUCCAAUCACAGCCCUGGUUGUGCCACAGGAUCCAUCUCAGCUUCAACCAAGAGCAGUGAGAAUGCAGCUGAUGGCAAAGGCCAGACCCACAGAGAGAUGAUGCUCACAGUGGCAGAGAUGAAGAAGAGACUACCAUCAGACAAACGCAGCCGCAGCAAAGCUAGCACAGUGGAGGCCUUACAUUAUGCACUCAACUGUGUCAAGCAGGUGCAAGCCAACAGUGAAUACUACAAACUGCUGAUGAGAAAUAGCCAGGAUGAGAGGAGCAAUGCCACCGUCUGCACCCUGGAAGAGCUGGAGAGAGUCACUUCUGAACACACCCUUAAAAACACGGACUCCUUUGUGGUGGUGUUCUCCCUGUCGAGCGGCCGAGUGUUGUACGCCUCGGAGCAAGCUCCCAGCAUCCUUUGCUGCAAGAGAAAGUUCCUGGAGUCGGCCAAGUUUGUGGAGCUGCUCUUUCACCAAGAUGUUAACGUCUUCUACUCCCACACGGCUCAGCCACAUCUGCCUCCCUGGAGCAACUCGCACACAGCAGGGGUUCUGUUUGACUGUGCGCAGGUCAAGUCUUUCUUUUGCAGAAUCAGGGGUGGGAAGGACUGUGACGGUGAGAUGCGUUACAACCCGUUUCGGAUAACACCUUACCUGCUGAAGGUGCAGGGGAAAGCAAGCGGUGGGGCGGAGGAGGAGUCGUGCUGCCUGGCGCUUGCUGAGCGAAUUAUAUCUGGAUAUGAGGCACCUCGGAUCCCGUUGGACAAGCGCAUCUUCACCACCACUCACUCUCCUGGCUGUGUGUUCCUGGAAGUCGAUGACAGGGCUGUGCCGUUGCUAGGAUACCUUCCUCAGGAUCUCAUUGGCACGUCGUUGCUGACAUGCAUUCACCCGGACGACCGCCCCUUAAUGCUGUCGAUGCAUCGGAAAGUGUUAAAGUAUGCUGGCCAGUCUCCGUUCGAACACUCUCCGGUGCGUCUGCGCUGUCAGAACGGAGACCACAUCACCUUGGACACCAGCUGGUCCAGCUUCAUCAACCCUUGGAGCCGCAAGGUGGCCUUCAUCAUUGGACGGCAUAAAGUCAGGACGAGUCCCCUGAAUGAGGAUGUGUUCGCUGCUCGGAACAAAGACGAUGUCCUGGUCACACACGAGGACAUAAAAGAUCUACAAUCAAAGAUCUACAAGCUUUUCCUGCAGCCGGUCCACAACAACGGGUCCAGUGGUUACGGCAGCUUGGGAAGUAAUGGCUCUCAUGAGCACUACAUCAGUGUAGCUUCCUCAAGUGACAGCAAUGGUAACAUGUGGGAGGACUCGCACAGAGAGCCGAUGACUCUGCAGCAGAUCUGUGCCGACGUCAACAGAGUCAAGAGCUGGGGGCAGCAAGCCUGUCCGGGCUCCAGCCACAAAAAUGCUCUUCUCUGCAAACCUACGAAAGGAGUACUUCCCCCCACAACCACCAACCCUGAGGUGAGAAAUCAUGAAGAGGAGAGGAAGCAAACACACAUCCCCUCCUAUCAGCAGAUCAACUGUGUGGACAACAUUAUCAGAUAUUUGGAGAGCUGCACAGGGCCAGCCCUUAAGCGGAAGAGUGACUCUCAUUCCCUAGCCACAUCUUCUUCCUCAUCCUGUUCCUCAGAUGAUGACAAGCCUGCUGGAGCCACAGACACAGCCCAGGCCAGCUCAGAUGUGGUGUUGGACAGUGGGGUGUCAGUGGCCCCUACAUCAGCAGCAGUUGUUGGAGCACCUCUGACAGACAUUACAAUGUCAACAAAGGCCAUGAGUGUAGUGUCUGUCACCAGCCAGUGUUCGUACAGCAGCACCAUCGUUCAUGUGCCACAGCCUGAAUCAGAGGCUACAGCACUGGAGGAUGCCCCGAUGGGCAGUGAGCCUGCUGAUGCUGCUCCAACCCCCGUCCGUCUGACCCCAAGCCUCGCCACAGAGGAACCAAGGUUCGUAGGUCUCACCAAGGAGGUGCUGUCAGCGCACACCCAGAAAGAGGAACAAGAAUAUGUGGAUCGAUUUCGCAAUCGCAUCCUGCAGAGCCCCUACAGCUCCUAUCUGCAGCUUGACAACAGCUCUAAGGCUCACUCACACCACCCAGGCGACUACCUUCGUCCUUUAAGUGCUGGUGGACUGAACCGCCCCAGAAGAGGAAUGUCCAGACACAAGCGUCCCAAACCCCAGGGUUCCUCAGACAGCUACGCUUCCCCACCAGGCCCACCUCGCCGUGUCCCACACUCCUCUUGGCCCUCCUCUGAAUCCUCCCAACCCCAGUUGGGGGUGCCCUACAGUCAAGCGGCCCAGCUCCAGCAAUCAUUCUUCCCCAUGAUGGCAACCCAGCCUGGCCCGGAGCAACCCCCAUUACCACAACAGCUGCCCGGAGCAACCCCCAUGGUGCUGCAAACUCCUGAACAAACCCAGUUCAACUACAACUUCAACAUCAUGCAGCCCCCCCAGAGCCUGCACGGCAUGCAAUCCAUCCAGAUGCAGAACAUGCAGAAUAUCCAGAACUUUCACAACCUGCAGAUCAUGGCUCCAACCCAGAACAUCAGCCCUUACAUGAGUCCGGUCAUGGCCGUCAUCCUGCCCAACUACCCAACUUUCACUUCAGGUUUCCCCCCCAUUUACCCACCAUCCUCUUCUUCCAUGCUGCCUCAGGCACCCAUUUCCAUGGCAGGCUUUGCCCCUGGAACUACCCCCUUCCCUCCUCCGACCCAGUUCCAAUCCCAGCCAGUCCCCCAAACCUCCCAGACCUCCCUGGGCCCUAUACUUUGCUCACCCAGAGCUAGCUCCUCUAUUGGGGAGGAGGAGCUGGAAGCUGAACCUCGGGCUUUAUUCUCCAGCUCCCGCUCCAGUUCCCCUCUGCAGCUGAACCUGCUUCAGGAGGAGCUGCCAAAACCGAGCGAAGGACAGAGCAGCACAGGGCACAACUAUGCAGAAAGCCUCCGUGAACAACAUGCCGACAAGGGUGAUAUCCCCAGUGAGUCUGGAAACCAUGAUACCCAGUCGACAUCCAGUGAGCUGCUUGACCUUCUGCUGCAGGAGGAUGCCAGGUCAGGGACCGGCUCUAAUGCCUCAGGCUCUGGGUCAGGGGAGUCAGGAGGCUCCCUGGGAUCUGGAUCUGGUUCCAAUGGAACCUCCACCUCACUCACUGGCAGCAGCAACAGCAGCAAAUACUUUGCCAGCAACGACUCAUCAGACACAUCACGCAAAGCCCGCAAGAGCCAGGAGUCCCCGGCAGAGCACCAGCACAGCUUCGACACUCAGUUGGAGAACUCCCUGUGGAGCAUGAUCCAGCACACGCCUGAGCGUGUCAUGAUGACGUAUCAGAUCCACCCCAGGGAUCAGAAUGAGGUGCUGGCGGAAGACAGGGAGAAGCUUCAGGUGCUUCGGUCCCUCCAGCCGUGGUUCACCCAGGAGCAGAGAGAGGAGCUGGCUGAUGUCCAUCCGUGGAUCAAACAGCACACACUCCCACAGGAGAUAGACACACAGGGUUGCAUGGGCUGUAGCGCGGGCAACACAGGGGUAGCUUGCUCCCCUCACCCUCCCGCCCCUGACAGCUCGUCCAUUCUGGAGAGCCCUCUGCAGGACUCCAUGGGACCAGUGGUGGACACUUGAGAGAUCAUUGAAGCCAAAACAACCGACCUCACAGCGGAAACAGCCCUGCCUGAAACCUCCACCACUACCACCUUGCAUCUCUUCUGACCAGUCUGGUGGAGUGGGAGUCCCUUUGCUUUAGUUUUGAAGUUUAAUGUGUAAUUUUAAAGGUACCAGAGGCUGGACCAGGCCCUGUAGAGCAAGAGGAGGAAAAGAGACGGGGCGUUUUCUCUUAGUCAGCCUGAUGUGACUGCCUUUUAUUGGACCAUAAAUACCAUACCUCUUGUUUUUGGACCCCUGUAGGGGUUCAUUUUGUCUGACCUGAUCCUUUGUCACGAUGAGACUAUGAGAAGAUGGUUUCAUUAAAAUGGUGAUGGUUGAUGCCCCCGAACAUGAGCACUGUGUACACACAUCCAGCCUUUAUAAAGGGUGUGACUGGACAAGGAGACAGAGAGAGAGCUGGCCCAGAUUAAGUUUCAGACCACACCGGACUCUUCUGGAAUACAGGAUGUACAGUAUGUGUACUUUCUUGCCAUGGUUGACACAUGGUAGGUUUUCUCUUGAUGAGCACUUAAGACAACAAAGACACAUUUGCUGCUCUCUGUUUAUAAUGUUAGGAUUCUAGGCUUGUAAGUUAAUUGUUAUUGAAGUGUAUUCUCUUAUUCCAUAGGUUGAGUUCCUCUUGUCCAGAUAAAGAGUUUUUAUGUUACUUUCACUCACGACAACAGCAAACAUUUGGAUCAUCAAAUUGAAUUGAACUCAAGUCCACCUACAUGUCCAACGUGCCCCAUAGAGCGCCCAGUGUCAGUCCUGAUCAUCACCCUUCAACACCUGUAGCUCUUAUGUACCUGUAAACAGAUUGUCCUCUGAGCCUGGGUUUACUUAUUCCUGUGUGUGUGUGUGUGUGUGUGUGUGUGUGUCUGUGUGUCUGUGUGUCUGUGUGUCUGUGUGUCUGUGUGUCUGUGUGUCUCUCUCUCUCUCAGAGGAAGCUUACCCACUGUAGUUUUGUGAUUUUUUUUUUUUUCACAUCGUUUCUUGUACUGGAUUAAGACGAGCAGUUUUGAAUGUGUUCAUAUGCUUGUGAUUGUGUGUGAUUGGUUGAGAGCGGCUUCCUUCCUUUACAGUUGUACAAGCGAGCAGGUCAGACCAGGGUUUUCUACAGUUUUUAGAUGAAAAGUAUAUUAAAGAACCAUGUAUUUUAUAGAAGAAGUACACAAAAACAACUUCACAAAGUGUAUAAAAAGCCAUUUGUCUUGAAUUCAGGGACUGUUUGUGACACAAAGGAAUGAAUAAAUGAUCUAUGACCUAACGUGUGCCUGAAUGUGUGUUUAUACACAUUAAAAAAGCAAGUAUUACCUUUACGGACUAUCAGGGACAAACAGUGCUAACAGUAGCUGCAGGUGCCAAACAAGAUACUCAAACAUCAACAGCAGAGUGUGUAACCAGUUCAAAGCUACCCAUGAACAAACAGGCUUAUAUCUCUUGAGAUUGUGAACUUUCUGCUAAUCACAACUGUUUUAAAUAUUUAUGGGUUAAACAAUUUAGACUGAAUUAAAUUCAAAAGGCUUUUUGGUAUUUUUCUUUCAGAAGUAUGUCUCAGGAUUUGAAUACACAAAAUAUAAUACGAUGUGCAAUUACACACCUUAAAUAUUCCCCCUGAAAAUUGUACUUGCUUUUGUUUUGAUUGUGCAAAACCAGUGUUGUACAGGAACAUAAAUAAAAAUGUGACAGGGUAACGAAGAGA